AGCUUUGCAAUAUUGUUAUUGGACAUGACUAGCGCGAAUUUGUCCACGUGAUUAUCUGUUUGGCGCGAAUUUUUUUUUACAUCUCUCAGAAGCAGGGAACUUUAGUUGCCGGUUUAUUUGCAGUGGAGUUUAUUAUUCUCUUUUUGGUUUACAAAGAUGGAUAUUGUAGAAUCUGCCACGGGACAGCAAGUUAAGGAUGAAUUAGCAGAGAAAUGCCAGAAAUUAUUCCAGGAAUUUUUAGAAGAAUUUCAAAACACUGAUGGAGAGGUGAAAUACCUGCAUGAUGCUGAAGAACUAAUUCGUCCUGAGAGAAACACACUGGUUGUUAGUUUUGUGGACAUUGAACAGUAUAACCAGCAGCUGGCUACUACCAUACAAGAAGAGUUUUACAGAGUUUACUCCUACUUAUGCAGAGCAGUAAGAAAUUUUGCACGAGAUCAUGGAAAUAUUCCUCCAAACAAGGAGUUUUAUUUGGCAAUACAAGAACUUCCUACCAGGCACAAAAUCCGAGAGUUGACCGCUUCCAGAAUUGGAGCUUUACUGAGGAUCAGUGGUCAGGUGGUCCGUACUCAUCCUGUGCACCCAGAACUAGUUAGUGGCACUUUCUUGUGUCUGGAUUGUCAGACUGUGGUUAAAGAUGUCGAGCAGCAGUUCAAGUUCACUCAGCCUAGUAUCUGCAGAAAUCCUGUCUGUGCUAACAGGAGAAGGUUCAUGUUGGACACCAACAAGUCAAGAUUUGUUGACUUCCAGAAGGUUAGGAUUCAGGAGACACAAGCAGAGUUGCCUCAUGGUAGCAUCCCGCGAAGUGUUGAAAUAAUCGUGAGGGCUGAAGCUGUAGAAUCCGCACAGGCUGGGGACAAAUGUGAUUUCACUGGUUCUCUAAUCGUUGUUCCUGAUGUGUCUCAACUAUCAACUCCAGGAGUGCGUGCAGAAACUGGUGCUCGUGUUGGUGGUGCUGAUGGGUACGAGGCUGAAGGAGUUCGAGGACUUCGUGCUUUGGGAGUUCGUGAGUUAUCCUAUAAACUGGUCUUUUUGGCUUGUCACGUAGCGCCAACAAAUCCUAGGUUUGGCGGAAAGGAGCUCAGAGAUGAAGAACAAACUGCAGAGAGCAUCAAGAAUCAGAUGUCUGUGAAAGAAUGGGAGAAAGUGUUUGAAAUGAGCCAGGAUAAGAACCUUUAUCACAAUCUGUGCACCAGCCUGUUUCCCACUGUUCAUGGUAAUGAUGAAGUGAAAAGAGGAAUAUUGCUGAUGCUCUUUGGAGGUGUUCCCAAGACUACCAUGGAGGGUACAUCGCUGCGUGGGGAUAUCAACAUCUGUGUAGUAGGUGACCCAAGUACAGCAAAGAGUCAGUUUCUUAAGGUGUUUGCUGUAUUGAUGAGUUUGACAAGAUGGAUAUGAGAGAUCAAGUAGCUAUCCACGAAGCAAUGGAACAGCAGACAAUCUCCAUCACCAAAGCAGGAGUGAAGGCCACCCUAAAUGCCCGGACAUCUAUUCUAGCUGCAGCAAACCCAGUUGGGGGAAGAUAUGACCGGUCAAAAUCACUAAAGCAGAAUGUGAACCUGACUGCUCCCAUCAUGUCUCGAUUUGAUCUUUUCUUUGUUCUUGUGGAUGAGUGUAACGAGGUCACAGAUUAUGCUAUUGCCAGAAGGAUUGUGGAUCUGCACUCCAGAAUCGAAGAGUCUAUUGAUCGUGUGUAUUCCCUAGAUGAUAUCAGAAGAUAUCUUCUCUUUGCAAGACAGUUCAAGCCAAAGAUUUCAAAAGAAUCUGAGGACUUCAUUGUGGAGCAGUAUAAACGUUUACGACAGAGGGAUGGUUCUGGAGUAACCAAGUCAGCUUGGAGAAUCACAGUGAGACAGCUAGAAAGCAUGAUUCGUCUGUCUGAAGCUAUGGCCAGGAUGCACUGCUGUGAUGAGGUACAGCCCAAACAUGUGAAGGAAGCAUUCAGGCUACUUAAUAAGUCAAUUAUUAGAGUGGAGACUCCUGAUGUUAAUUUAGACCAGGAAGAGCAGGAAGAGGAGGAAGAAGCAAUGCAAGAAGGAAUUAAUGGUCAUGCUGACAUUCCAAAUGGAGUAAAUGGACUUGUCAAUGGAAUAAAUGGCCACACUGAGGAGAUUACCAAGGAUACAGCAGCAAAACCAACAAUGAGAUUAUCUUUCAUGGAAUAUCGUCGCAUUUCCAACCUUAUUGUUCUUCACCUUAGGAAGGCAGAGGAGGAGGAUGAUGAAUCAUCACUGAAGAAGAGUGAACUCAUUAACUGGUACCUGGCAGAGAUGGAGUCUGAAAUUGAUUCUGAAGAAGAGCUCAUUAAGAAAAAGCAAAUUAUUGAAAAAGUUAUCCAUCGACUUGUGCACUAUGAUCACAUUCUGAUCGAACUGACUGAGGGUGGACUGAAAGGAUCCAGUGAUGGCGAAAAGGUUACUGAAGACCAGUUCUUGGUAGUGAAUCCCAAUUAUGUACUGGACGAUUAAUGUUCCAAAUGGAGAUUGAAUUAAUACAUGGAAGUGUUUUAAAAUGGACCGUGUACAGUGAAUUUUUAAUUUCACCUACUUUGGAUUUCAAUAUUGGACACUGGUGAAAUUUGUGUAUAUAGACCAGAGAACUGAACUGCAGUAUGACAUUUGACUUUAAUGCCAAUAUGCAUCUUUCUUGAUUUUUAUCAUGGAAACAUUUUAUUAACUGAACUUUACAAUAUUUGUGGCAGUUUUAAUGGCUAAACAAAGACAUUUUAAGUUUAUUUUAUGUUCCAUUUGUUUCAGUGUUGCAAAGUUGGAAAAAAAUGGAUCAGAUUGCUGUUGUAGAUUUAAAUUUGCUUUCAUUUUGGCCAAAGCAUUUUAAUAUACAGUGUAUGAUAAUUUUUAUGGAAAUUGUAAACAGAAAUGAAAGGGUUUUUAUUGUA